AUGGCCAGCAGGUUAUGGGGAAUGUAUGCUGACCGACAGUUCUACAAAUGGGAAACGACUGACCUUCACGCCUCUAAUCUCAAUCUACGUUGCUGCCUUCUACACUGGGGUUAUCCUUUAUACUUUGAUGAUGUGAAUAAAUGCAUGCGGAGGGGCUCUCUUUCAUGCGUGGGUAUGCAGGAGGUGCAAAUUCAGGACGCGAAUUACACUCGUGAGUAUUGGGAGGAGCAUCCGGGUGAAGCUGUGCCCAUCAUGAGGCCCAAGUUCUACUGGGGACCUUGGAGGGUUUACCGUGGCGAUGAACUUCCUCCAAAUAUGUGA